CUUCCUGCUUUCUUUCAGCCACGUGGGUUGGAGGAGCAUAUAUCAAUGGCACUGCUGAAAUUGUCUACCUGCCUUCAAGAGGACUCGUGUGGGUCCAAGCCCCAGCAGGAUUUGCUCUGUCUCUCCUUAUUGGCGGGCUCUUCUUUGUCAAUCCAAUGAGAUCGAAGAAGUACGUGACAAUGAUGGAUCCACUCCAAGAAACAUACGGGAAUGUGAUGGCAAGCCUCAUGUUUAUUCCAUCGUUGAUAGGGGACAUAUUCUGGUUUGCAGCUAUUCUUGCUUCCUUAGGUGCAACCAUGCAGGUCAUUUUGGAUAUCCAUGGUAUUUUAGUCAUUAUUAUCUCUGCAUGCACAGUUAUAAUCUAUACUUUAUUAGGUGGCCUGUACUCGGUUGCAUAUACAGAUGUAAUACAGCUGGUCUUUAUAACAGUCAGCCUGUGGGUUUGUAUCCCCUUCGCCCUCAUGAACCCUGCAACGAAAAGCAUUUCCUACACUGCUGGGCACAACGUCUUCCAGGCAUCUUGGAUUGGAAAAAUGGAAGUGCAGUAUCUUGGAAGAUGGCUUGAUGACUUCUUGUAUUUGGUUCUUGGGAGUAUCCCAUGGCAAAUCUAUUUCCAGCGAGUUCUCUCGGCUUCUUCUCCAAACGAAGGAAGGCUCAUCUCCUACUUUUCUGGACUGGGGUGCUUCAUCAUGGCCAUCCCUUCUGUUGUCAUUGGGGCUGUCGCUGCUUCCACAGACUGGAAUCAGACUGCCUAUGGCCUCCCCAGUCCCAACGACAGAGGAGAGUCUGCCCUCAUCCUCCCACUGGUUCUCUACCAUCUGUGCCCAACGUAUGUCGCCCUUGGUGGCUUGGGCGCCUUGGCUGCUGCUGUGAUGUCUUCUGGCGAUUCUGCCUUGCUCUCGGCUGGUACCUUGUUUGCUCACAACAUAUACAGGAAAGUCUUCAGGAAACAUGCGUCAGAGGAAGAAGUGCUAUGGGCGAUGAGAAUGUCCAUGGUGAUCUUUGGGAUGACGUCCGCAGGUCUAGCUUUUCACUCCCAUUCCAUUUAUGACCUCUGGUUCCUGAGUGGAGAACUCGUCUACGCUCUCCUCUUCCCCCAGCUCUGCUGCGUCCUCUUCAUUCGCAACACCAACACUUACGGCUCCGCCGCUGGGUUCUUCUUGGGCCUCCUCCUGCGCCUCUUGGCGGGGGAGCCUGCCCUGAACAUACCCCCGGUCAUCCAUUACCCAGGAUGCUCUCUGGUGGACGGGGUCUACGUCCAGCUGUUCCCAUUUAAGCUCUUCACCAUGCUGGUAUCUCUGCUGACCAUUGUCUCCGUCUCGCAUCUGUCCGCCUUUCUAUUUAAGGCCAACGUCCUUCCCCGUAGAUGGGACGUCUGUAAGAUCGUGCGAGCUGACAGGGUGGUCAUUUCCUUACCCCAGAGGCGUAAAAGAGUUGCCUGUGCCAGAACAGAGUUUUGAGCAAAUGGGAGACAAAUUGCAUUGGUAUUUUACCCAUGAUCCUUCUUGAAGGAUCCUUAGCUCUUUGAAUGAGGUCAUCUUCCAUGUUGUGUGAUUUGUUGUUGUUGUUGUUGUUGUUGUUGUUGAAGUCCAUAGUCACAGCAAAGGGCCCUCUCCCAUUGUGGCACAACCUCCAACACCUUUCUUCCUUCCUAGUCCUGUUAAUCCAAUGUCUGGGCUCUUUCUGGAAAACAUGAAUCCUUUGAAGCCCUUUAAUUGGUGCUGCAGCU